AGAGACGACGACGACGACGUCCAUAGCUCUUAUUAUUAUGAACAGUAAAAGAAAGAGAGGAGAAGAUGAAAGUUAAUGAACAACGCAAGGCUGGGAGGAGAGGAAUCUUUCGGUUCAAGCUACAUGUGAAAUGGUAUAAAUAUACGUACAUUUCCACUGAGAGGGGACGCAUAAUCCUGCAGUGGUACUGAAGAAGACGACGGCGUUUAUGGCGAAAGAUAUCAGCCACUUGCAACUUUCUCAGCUCACUCCUAAGAAAGUACUUGUAGUCUUCUGUAUGAUCAACAUGAUAACUUACAUGGAUCAAGGAAUGAUAGCAAGCAGUAUUGUGAAUAAGGCAAUAAGGGAUGAUUUGAAAAUGACUAAAUUUGAAAACGGUGUUCUAUCUACUGCUUUCUCGGUUGGAAUUCUUCUGGGGUCUCCACUAUUUGCAUCCAUGGCAAACAGUGUUAAUACUUUUAGGCUAAUCGGAAUUGGAUUAUCCACAUGGUGCUUUUCUGUUGCCGGUUGUGGAUUAUCAUAUAGCUUUGUGUCGAUAACAUUAUGCCGCGUGCUAGUUGGUACUGGUGAAGCUUCUUUUAUGAGUCUGGCAGCUCCAUUUAUUAACGAAAAUGCUCCAUCUGCGCAGAAAACAUUGUGGCUUGGAAUAUUUUACUUUUGUAUACCAGCAGGAGUUGCUCUGGGCCAUGUAUAUGGUGGAAUUGUAGGGAAGCUCUUAGGCUGGCGUUCUGCAUUCUUUGGAGUAUCCAUUGCAAUGGUCCCAUUUGCUCUUCUAGGUUUCUUAAUGAACCCUACACACUUGAAAGACUUUGCUCCUAUUUCGAGAAGAAAAUUGACAUCUAUUGGAACAUAUAUCCUUGAAGUUAAAGAUGAUGUAGCUAUGGAUGUUAGCAAAGUAGCCAUGAAUGACAUUUCAAUACACAAAAGGUUUUUGGGAGAUGUGAAAGUGCUUUUUCUAGAGAAGGCUUAUGUUGUGAACAUUCUGGGUUACAUCUUAUACAACUUUGUCAUAGGUGCAUAUUCAUACUGGGCACCUAAAGUUGGUUACAAUGUAUAUAAGAUGAAUGAUUCAGAUGUGGUUUUUGGAGGGAUUACAGUUGUUUGUGGGAUGGUUGGAACUGUAGCUGGAGGUUAUGUUCUUGAUCUCAUGUCUUCCACAAUUUCCAAUGCUUUUAAGCUCCUCUCAACUGCAGCGUUUUUGGGCGCCAUCUUUUUCUUCUCUGCUUUCUGUUCCGAAAAUGUGUACUGUUUCCUGGUUCUUUUCUCAAUUGGUGAGCUACUUGUGUUUUCCAUGCAGGGACCGGUAAAUUUAAUCAGUCUCCAUUGUGUCAAACCAAGUUUAAGACCAAUGUCACUGGCUAUGUCCAUCGUUGCAAUUCAAAUAUCCGGAUUUGUGCCUUCCUCACAAGUUAUUGAGAUUCUUAAGGAUUAUACUAAAAACUGGAGGAUCACAGCUCUUAUUUUAACAUCUGUUCUUUUUCUGGCAGCCUCAACAUGGUUCUUAGGGAUCUAUGUUCACAAGACAGAUAAAUUCAUGGAGGAUCCAGAUGAGAUAAUUGACAAAUGUAUCAAAACGCCUUUGAUUGAAGAGAAAGCUGAAAAAGUCGAAACGGCAUGUGAACCAUAAUAGGCAUUGCAGGAAUUACGUGUUUUGAUAUGCUUUUUCAAGUAUUUGUAUAUUAUUGUUAUAAUCUUAAUAGUUACUUUUAUGGAAUCAAGCCAUAUCUUAAUAGUGAAAUUUCAAAUUAUAAAACUUUGUUUUCAAUAAUAAAAUGCAUGGUUACUUUCAGUUUA